AUGGCGCCCAAGAGCAAGCGCCAGAACACGGGCGGCAGCAAAAAGAAGGAGGACCCGAACAAGCUCCACAAUGUGCCCCUCUGGAAGAUGAUGGGGAAGGCCAGCCUGCGCUCCUGGCCAGACGAGAAUGGGAAUGCGGUGCUCUCGGACCAUGAGCCGCCGCACCAGUACUUCACGCUGGACAAGGCUCGCGAGAUCGUGACCGACGAGUCGUCGCAGCUCGUGAAGGUGCCGGCCUCGGGUUUCCUGAACGCGAUCUCCGGUCUCGUCGCUGGGCAAGAAGUGCUCCAAUGCGUAUCCUCGGAGAAACCGAAGUGCGAGGAGCUCGCGAAGCUGAAGCUGUGGGAGGCGCGGAAGCUACUCUGCGACAAGGAUGUCCUCAAGGCGGUGGACGCACUGCACUUGCCGUUCGAGAAGUUCGAGAACAAGCGCAGCGCAGAGAAGGCCGCCAAGGUCGUCAUCGAGCACUUCGGGAGCAAGGACAAGGCAUCAGAGCGCCUGGCUGUCCUUGGUCGUCUCGCCGAUGAAGGCGCUCGCUUGUACAUGGCAGCGAUGACUGGGAUCGAGCUCAUUGCGCUCACGACGUCUGUGAAGGAGUGGUCCAAGAAGAUCCCAGAGCCGGAGAAACAGCCCGCGAGCAUCCGCAAGUUCAUCAAGAGCCAGAAGAUGGACGACCUGGUCGCCGCGCUGGCCAACGGCGUCGCCGCGGCCGCGGAGAAGACGGUGCGGAAGAAGCGCUACGCUUUCGGAGAGGACCUAGAGAGCGCCGAGAAGUCGACCAGCGGGAGCUCCUCGAAUAGCACCGACUCCGACGGCGACUCCAGCGACAGCAGCAAUUCAAAGGAUAAGAAGAAAAAGAAGAGGAAGGACAAGAAGCGCGACAAGUCCUCCAGCCGAGGCCGCAGCCGCAGCAGGUCCAAGGACAAGAAGGACAAGAAGGACAAGAAGGACAAGACGAAGCGCGAGAAGUCGUACGACAGUGAUCAGAAGAAGCACAAGGACAAGAGGAAGCGCAAUCGGAGUCGCUCUCGCGACGGCAAGAAGGAAAAGAAGCGCGGACGCAGCCGCGAGAAGAGCGUGGACCUCUUCGCGGACGAGGGCGGGUCCCAGGAAGAGCUCGCGCCCGCGGAGAAAUCCUGGUCGACGUGGGACGAAGCCGACAUCCAGACCUUGAAGGACCGCGUCAUCCAGUGCGACGGCAAGCCCGACCUCGAGGAACUCAAGCGGAUCGCGCAGUCGCUGCCCGAGGAUGUGGCCGAGGCGGCUGGCCUCGCGUCGACGUGCGCGUCCGUGUCGAAGCUGGUCAGGAUGGCUCGCAAAGAGACGGUGAAUAUUUUCUUGGGCAAGAUCAAGAAGCUGACGGACGACGCCCUGGCGUGGAAGGACGCGAAGAAGAUCGCAGAAAAGCCCGAAGACGUCGACAGCGAGAAGGUGACGGGCGAG